AAAAAACCAUCCGAGUACGUUUAGGUCUUAGGGUGAGUGUACCUUCCUGGCCGACAGGUGGCGGUAGAAAGUCGCUGUUUGACAGAAAGAAUGUGAAGAAGUGAACUUACGGUUAGCUGUGCUAACUGGAAGAUGUUGACUAGAAAACGACAGCUGUGCUGUCUGACAGACUGACAGAUGCCUUCACCAUGAAGCUGGGCCACACCAUACUGCUUGUCACCCUUUUGCUGUCCCAGGCCAGAAGCUUUCUGAGCCCCCCAGAGGAUGACGGUAUUCCUGUAGAAUGGGUGCUGCUCCAUGUGGUUCAGGGUCAUAUUGGGGCUGGAAACUACAGCUAUCUGCGCCUUAACCACGAUGGAAGAAUCAUCCUGCACAUGCAGAGCCUCAAAGGAGACGCAGAUCUGUACGUGUCUGAUAAAACACUCCAUCCGAAUUUUGACACCUACAAGCUGCAGUCGGUCACCUGCGGCCAUGACGUGGUGGUGGUUCCUGGGGACUUCAAAAGGCCCGUGGGAAUUGGCAUUUAUGGCCACCCAUCAUACCUGGAGAGCGAGUUUGAAAUAAGAGUGUUUUAUGAUCAGACGGUGCUCCAGGACCCGUUUGAGAAGGACUCUUACAUGUCAGAAGAUGGGCAUAAUGAAAAGAAAUCUUCCCAGGCAGCAGAUGACUAUCAAGAGGAGGAGUCGAUCUUUUGGACUAUACUGAUUGGACUUUUAAAGAUAAUACUUGAAAUUUUGUUUUGAAAGUUAGUUAUUUUGUUGCUAUGAUGCUGGGAGGCAGUUCAGCAUUUGACUUAGUCAGCUCUGAAAAUAAAUGAUUAUUUCCUUUGAUUCGAUAAAAAUGAGAAGUGUGUUUACCAAACUUCCUUGCAAAUGCCUUUUUUAAAUUCCAAUCAAACAUACAUAACCAGUUGGUUUUAAAAUGGCUGUUUAAACUGUUGGUUUAUGGAUGGAUUUACUGGUAAUGUCUGACCUUUACGAAAACACUUGAAUGUGUGUGUUUGGUAAAGAAGUGGUGAUUACUGUUGGAUCACACAUUGCUUUGGGGAUAGUGAAAUGUCAUCUGUUACCUCAUGGUCUGAUUUAAGGGGAUCUGGACUGUAGUAGGCAUGGGCUGGGAUGAGAUUCUCAGUCUGAUAACCUUGAAUAAAAGUAGUGCACACAUUAAAAACAGACAGAUUUAUUUACGACAGAAAUGGCUGUUCCUAUUGCUACUAAAUGUUUGUAUUUGUUUACAUUUUGAUGCAGAGAUGUCUUGAAUAAAACGGUUGCUGAAUUUUGCCAUAGUUUCAGCUAAAUGUGCUUAUUGUGCACAAGUAGUAUCCCUGUUUGACUGUCUGUUCUUAAAGCUGGGUGUAUAACACAUUGACUUCAGUUAGAUUAUUCAGUAGGUUUCCAGCUCAGGUAGCGAGGCUCCAGUCAGAUGCUGCUCUAAUUUUGCCAGCGGUAGUUUUAAAACCGUCUUGCCUCGAUAAGAGUGAUGGGUGGAGCUCUUUUAGUUUCUACACUGGAAUUGUUUGUUGCAAGAAAAAUACUUCAGGCAAAUUUGUCCUUUUUGUACGCGGGAGGGAACGGUUUAGGAGCCUUUUUUUUCAGCCAGCUGAUCGGCAGUUUGCAACAACUGGUGGAGGUGUGACAGAACCCUUACUCUGAUCCACUAAGCUGGAGAAAACUCUGGUAAUUCCGGCACUUUGCUGGUAUCUUAAUUAAACGACUUUAAAGCGUUUGAUGGAAAAUUUUAAAGCCAGCUUUAUAUAACCUCUGUACCCCUUGAUACUAGUAACCAGCCCAUGCCUACUCUGUAGUAAACACCUGUUAGCUCUGCAGGUAGUGUUCAAGGUGUCAGGAGGAAGAAACCCUCUAAGAUUGUCACUUCUAACAGCGACUUCAGCACAACUUUGUAACACUUCCAGAUAAAGGAUGACUGCUGAUUUUAUCUCCUGCAACGUUGUGUGUACAAGAUGGUUACACGACCAGAGGAGGAUGUAAUUAAGCAGUAUUAACAUCUCGUGUGUUUAGAUAACAGUUUGAAUUGAUGUGAACUUUUGUAAUUAAGUGAUGUAGCUGUAAUUUCUCAAGUGAAUGAAUGAAACCAUCUGUCUUAACAUCACCACCAGGAUACAUGAAGGGUAAGGACCCAGAUCUCUUUUAAAGGGGCUGCUUAUUCCUAAUCACCAUGUUUAAGGGCAUUUUUGCUGCUAGGUGUUAGUAUUUAGACUCCAAAAAGAGGACAUUUAUUAACAUAUUGCUAACAUCUUAACAUUGUACCAAUGUAUUUUUGUAAUGUCAUCAUUUUUGCCUGUUGGACAAGUUACUGAUUUCUUUUUCUCCAGUGUUUGAGCUCAGUCAAAAAACUUGUUACCACUGUGCAGAAACGUUCAACAGUGCCUUAAAAUCAGUCCUCAAUGCUGUUUGCCCUUUUUCUAGAAGAUUCAACUAGCUUUCAAAAUAAAAACUAUGUUUCACA